AUGCACGCAGCUACCAGCCUCUCAAUGGUCAGUUUUCUAAGUUUUGGCUACCUAUCCAUGGAAUGGACCAAGCCGAAUAAAGUGGAGGAGCACACUCAAAACGAUUCCUCUAUUACGUUUGAGCCCAAACAACCACCACACAUCAUAUUCAUACUGACGGAUGACCAAGGCUUCAAUGACAUAGGUUAUCACAACCCGGACAUUCGUACUCCAACUCUAGACAAACUUGCCUCCGAAGGGGUAAAGCUGGAGAAUUACUACGUUCAACCUAUCUGCACUCCGUCACGCAGUCAGCUGAUCACGGGCAGAUACCAGAUCCACACAGGCCUUCAGCAUUCCAUCAUCCGGCCUCGACAGCCCAACUGCCUCCCCCUGGACAUGACCACGCUCCCACAGCGACUGCAGGAAGCAGGGUACGCUACUCACAUGGUGGGCAAAUGGCAUCUUGGCUUCUACAGGAAGGAGUGUCUGCCCACGCGCCGAGGCUUCCACAGCUACUUUGGCUCUCUGACGGGCAGUGUGGACUACUACACGUAUGGUUCCUGUGACGGACCAGGCCUGUGUGGCUACGACCUCCACGAGGGGGAGACCGUGGCCUGGGGCCGUGGAGGCAAGUUCUCCACCCACCUCUACACACAGAGGGUACGCAAGAUCCUGUCCACUCAUGACCCGUCCCGCCAGCCCCUCUUCAUGUUCCUCUCUCUCCAGGCAGUCCACACGCCCCUUCAGUCACCCAAGGCCUACAUCUACCCCUACCGCGGGAUGGGGAACGUAGCCAGAAGGAAGUACGCAGCCUUGGUGUCCAUCGUAGACGAGGCUGUACGCAAUGUUACCUACGCUCUGCGUAAGUACGACUACUAUCGCAACAGUGUGCUCAUCUUCUCCACUGACAACGGUGCCCAGCCGUUCACUGGGGGGAGUAACUGGCCCCUACGGGGGCGUAAGGGGACCUACUGGGAGGGAGGGGUCCGUGGGGUGGGCUUCGUACACAGCCCACUGCUGCGUAACAAGCGGAGGGUCUCCAAGGCCCUCAUGCACAUCACUGACUGGUAUCCAACCCUGGUGGGUCUGGCUGGGGGUAACGUGUCACUGACUGAGGGUCUGGAUGGCUACAAUAUGUGGCCAACCAUCAGUGAAGGCAAAGAGUCUCCACGCCUGGAGAUACUCCAUAACAUUGAUCCGCUCCAUCGGCGCACUGGCCUGCCCCCAACUGGUUCUGGGCAGGAGGCCCAGCAUUUGUGGGACACCGCGGUCCAGGCUGCCAUCCGGGUGGGGGACUGGAAGCUGCUAACAGGGGACCCGGGCCAUGGAGACUGGGUCCCACCACAGGUACUGGCCAACUUCCCCGGCAGCUGGUGGACCCUGGAGCGGACCACUGGAGGAACAGGGAAGUCUGUGUGGCUCUUUAACAUCACAGUAGACCCCUAUGAACGCAGUGACCUGGCGCUGCAGAGGCCUGAUGUGGUCAAACAGCUGUUAGCACGUCUGGCCUACUACAACCGCACUGCCGUCCCGGUCCGGUUCCCAACUGACGACCCCCGGGCCAACCCAGACCGCAACGGGGGGGCCUGGGUACCUUGGGUCCGGGGGGACGAAGACGAGCAGAAAUGGAACGGGGUCUACAAAAAGGGGAGGAAUAAAAGGAAGAAGAAAUGCAAGAUGGGUAAACUGAGAUCCUUUUUCAAGAAACUGAAUACAAGGAUAAUGUCCAAUAGAAUAUGA